AUGUGUGCCAAGAACAAUGGAGGAUGUUCUGGAAACUGCUCAAGUACCAAUGGUGUUAGGACAUGUUCAUGUACUCCACCCCUGGUGCUGGCACCAGACAAACAAUCCUGUGUAGGCCAAGACUACUGCAAAACAAACAAUGGUGGAUGUAAUCAAAUAUGUGCGAACACAAUUGAUGCACCCACCUGCAGUUGUUACCCAGGCUACACACUCAAUGUCAAGGAUCUCAAGACAUGUGAGAAGGAUAAGUUCCAGAUAUUGUCUACCAACACACCAACUGUUUAUCACAAUCAACGUGGAUUGAUCACUAUUUAUGGUGAUGGAUUUGGCGCCGCCCCCAAUCCCAAGGUUACUGGAACGAUCGGUGAUGCCAAAUGUCUGAAUGUGACAAGGAUCAACUCAACUGCGUUGGUCUGUGACUUUGCCGGUGAUGCCACCCCAGCAGACAAGGGAGAGUCACUCUAUGUAAACAUCACAAUCGAUGGAGUUACAUCAUCCAAUCAGGUCUUCUUCUACAUUCAAUACUUCCCAUGUCCGGGCAAUUGCAAUGGCAAUGGUGUGUGCAACAAUCAGACUGGCGAGUGCACUUGUAAUGAAGGAUUUGGUCGUCAAGACUGUUCUGAGGCCAAGCAAACGAACAAUAUCCCACCACCACAAGUCGACAAUGAUGGCAACACAGUGUUCAACCUUAGUGGAGUCGGAACGAAUGUCACCCUCUCAAUCAAGUACCUUCGCGAGGUGUCCAACAUUGGAGAAGAGAUCAAGUUGCUACGACUGUCAGACAUUGAAUGGACCAAUCGCACAGCCAGCAUCGAGUCACCAACCUACACAUACUCUGGACGCUUCAAGAACAGCACUGUGGUGCUCGAUCUCCAAAUCGUCUACUACGCCAAGGCAUCAAAGACUGAGUUUGCAGGCGAGUCCAUCCAGAUCUACGACAACUCAAUCAAGUAUACAAUUGGCAUCUCCAACUGGGCUUUUGGAUCAUCACUCAACUACCUUCAGGUUGUCUAUCAGACUCAGGUACUCGACCCAUGCGACAAGAUGUCAUUCGACAAGAGCUUUGGUGUGGCCAAUGGCGGAUCAUAUCCCUAUAUGACAAUGGACACUGGCGAGGGAGUGGUGAUGGAGGGCAGAUUCGCGAGCAGGAUGAUAGUGGACGAGCGUAUAGUCAAGAGCAGUUUCAUCAAGUUACCAUUGAGUGAUCAACUUUACAACGAGUCUGCACCCAGCACUCCUGGAGUGUUUGUCGCUCUCACUGCCAAUGUCAUUUCUGCAUUUGGAAAAUCAGUUAAAUUGGAUCCCAACUUUGGAGUGAUCGUUUCUUUGGAUAGUGGCAAUGAUGGAACUUGUGGACAAGGUGGUAGCAAAGGUAUUAGUUGGAAGGUGCCAGUCAUUGUCGUAUGUUCAGUGGUCGGCGCAGCCCUUCUCACAGUGGGUAUGAUCUUCCUGGUACGAUCCAGGUUUGUCCAAUUCCGUGUACACGAGAUGAAACUCAAAAAUAUAUCCUCCAAAGAUUAA